GUCCUCUCUGACUGUCAUUGUUCAGAACGAUCUUGAGACUAAUAAGAUCAUAGUCCCAGCUCGCUCUGGACAAUCAGGGUGUGGGCGAUUGCAGCGAGCAUAUCGUUCCCAUACAAGCACGCGAGGAUCUUGAUGAUCGCUCUAGCUGCGUUCACAAUCAGCUCCCGAAAGUGGCGUCGGACUCGAAGACAAAUGAAGACAAAUGUUUAGAUUUAUCUCAUUCAGUUUUUCAGCUGUCUCUGUCUCUGUAUCCACAUGGUUUUGGGAAGAUUCAUCGCGGGGUAACACCUUACAAUUUAUAUUUUGAACUCUCGCUUCACGAACAUAGGAGGGUGUCCCCGGUAGUUCUAGUGUCCUCGAAUGUCGAGUUCGAGCUUCUGUGCACUGCACAUAAUCAAUUACACAGGAAGGUUCCUUACUGCUUGUCAUCAUCAAGAACAAAUCUACAUAAGCAGGACGUGGUUUUAUUGAGACGAAUUAUGCGCCGUUCUUGCCGCACGUCCCCACAGAUCUGGUCUCUGGUGUUUCUUGUGCACAAAGAGAUCGCGAUAGUAUCGUUCAGUCUUGUAUAACAGGUGACCCGCCUCUCACGGUAGUCCCUCACACGUUCAAGAUACAUCGUCAUCACCUGGACACUGUCAACAGCACGUCCCAGUCCUUAUAUACCAGCCCCAAACCGUCAUCAGGCAGUUCAUUUACUGGCAUGCCGUGCGUUCCUGUAGAAACUCGCACAGGCACGGUCUACUUCAGCUAUACGAUAUCGACACCGAAUGAAGCGUCCUCAAAAACACUCGAACAAGGACUUCCUACCCUACUCUUCAUCCAUCCAGCAUACUUCAGCUCACUUGUGUAUCAUGCCCAGUUCGGGGAUCGUCAAUUGAGACGUUUUAACCUCGUCGCAUUUGAUCUUAGAUGUAUUGGGUUUACGACGGGCGCGAGAGUGAUGACACCAUACACGCCUGAUGAUGUUGCUGAAGAUGUUGCUAAAUUUAUGGACGCUAUCAACCUCCCUCCAUGUCAUAUCGUAGCGCUCGGCACGGGCACCUCGAUCGCAUUCGACCUCGCCCUCAAUUACUCUCAAAAGUGCUUAUCGCUUUGUCUCAUGUCUCCGCUCGGUUUUCCAGAGUAUAACCCCGCGAUUCAGGAAGGAAUUGGACAGAUACACGAGCUAUGGAGAGAGGCGAUGGCAAAUCCAGCAAAUAUCGACAAGUCGAUGGUCUGGGACGCACUCAAUGGAAUCCGACAGUUUGGGUUCAGCUACAUGAGUGGGUCAAAGUUAGUCAAUGCAAUGUUUCAAGUAUGGUUUGCUCGCUCUUUGGAGCUAUGGGGUCCAAAUCCAGAGGCUAUAGAAGAAUUCUUCGAAACAACCCUCGAUUUCUUUUCACAUGAAAACCACUUCGCUCGCACCGUCAAUGAAUUAAGGGGCAUACGUGUUCCUGUCCAGCUCAUACAAGGGACGAAUAACCUGAUCAAUAACAGACCCGAAGAAUACCUGGACAAGUUCGGUGCGCUGCUUCAGGAGGCAAAUGUGGAAUUUGAGACGGCACUCAUUCCUCAUGCUCCCCACUGUUUAUGCGUGGAUUAUAGCGAAAUCCUGAAUCCUCUUAUCCACGAUUUCGCUCUGAAAUUGAGUCGCGUUCCCGUCCCUCCAUCACCCAUCCAGGCUUCGUCACCGUGGGAGAACAUGCUGCGAGCAGUGGGUUAUGCGCCAGAAGAUGAUAUAGACGAUGAAUUGAUAAUCCACCAUUACCCAUUGUACUCGGGUGUACAUCGCUCGGGCAUAACGCAGAUUGGCCAUGUUCACAACGGAUAUACCCCACGAACAGCCGUAUGUCCUGUGUCAGGCAUAUGA